AUGCUGAGCUUGGGGCGCUCCUCGACAAGCGGCGCCAGCGGUGGCGAGUUCAAUAUUGCGUUCGUCAAUGGACCCAUCAAGUUCCACAGCGAAGAGGGCGUGCUGUACUCCAGACUUUUCCACAUUGUGGACACGAACGCCGAUGGCUACAUUGGAGGCACAGAGGGAGCAGCUUUCAUUCGUCGCGCAAGAUUGAUGAACGAUGCCAACCGAGAGAUUUGGCGAUUGGCAAGCGGAGGAAAGUCGCAAGAGAAGCUAAACAAAGACUGCUGGUUCGUGGCGAUGAAACUCGUGGCGCUGGUACAGAGCACUGGUAAGUGCCAGAUGCAGAGUCUCUACUCUGGAGACCCGCUUCCGCUGGCGGACUUUCAGAUGGAGCAACCAGUUGACAACGUGCUACCAGAAGAAACAGCACCGGACUAUGAGCGAUCAUUUGUGGUGUCGGUAAGCACGCCAGUCGUCGUUGGAUCAGGGUACUCACGUUAUACGCAAUACGUCAUUUCCACCAAGACGAACUGCUCACACUUCCCGUGCACCACUGCGCAAGUCAAACGAAGGUUUAGUGACUUCGAAUGGCUCCAGCAGCGGUUGUUAGUGCAUUUUCGAGGAACUAUCAUACCUCCACUCCCGGAGAAGCGCUGGACGGGCAACAUGGAUGCUACCUUCGUUGAAGAGCGUCGCCAAGCCUUGGAACACUUUAUCAAUGAAGUGUGCAGUCAUGAGAAGCUAUCGCGGACGCUAGAACUGCAGAUCGUUCUCACAGCAAGUACUGAGGGUCUGAUUGCGGGAAAAGAGCUUUUGAAGGUGGCAUCUAUUGCUGCCGCGUAUGUUCCAACUCCAGCUUCAGUGAGCUCGUUAUGGAGUACUCUGAAAGACGGUGUGUUCAUGUCAUCGAAUGUUCAGCAAGUCGAGAUCAAGACCGAUGAUGACUAUGCGAGGAUUGGCCAGCACAUCGACGAAUAUGAGAAGAGAAUUCGAGAGGUGACUCGCUGCUCAGACAUUGUUUAUGCUGCCCAACGCGGUGAAGGGUACGAGAUGUCACGUUUCGGGAGCUAUUUGUCGGCUCUGUCGGAGCAAGAAAAGAGAGAUCCGGACAUGAAGCAGCUUGCUGAGGUCGCUGGCGAUCACUUUGAGACCGUGUCAAACAUUUAUCAAGAUCAGCUGGACAAGCUGUUGUCUAUGUACGUUUCGAUCGUUAGAUACCAGGCGGGCAAGGUUGAUGCCGUUAAGGCCGUGAUGCACAACCGCGAGUCUGCGAUCCACGAAGUCCAGCAAGCGAAUGCAAGUAUGCAGCGCAAUAAAGAGCGUUUUGCCGCCGCAAGGGCAAGUAGCGGUGCGGCAGCAUCUGCCAUGCGAGCGGAGCAGAAAAUGGCGUCGGCGGAAGAUCGCAUGAACCACGCCAAGGAACAAGUUCAGUUUAUAGCCAACAGUUUGAAGGUGGAAACAAAGAGGAUGGACACCGGGAAGACUGCGAACUUCAAAACGGCGUUGCUGUCUUUGGCGAACCUGGAGCUGGAUUAUCAUGUUCAAUCUCGGGCAGCGUGGGAAGGAUUGCGGUCAUUUCUGGAGCUGAGCGAUGAAGAAGUCGCUGAGAGUCGACACAGAGCCCAGACUUCGAUUACGUAUAGGAAACCAGGAGAAAAAGAUCUUGGUCAAAUCAUCGGGUUGCUGUAA